AAGAUCAGAUUUAUGAAAAGUUGUUGAAUGCCGGUUUAUUAUCCUUUAAUGGUUCUCAAAUUGAAGGUUGUGAUAAAGAGACAGUUGAAAAGAAAUUACUCUUACUCUGUGAUCAUUUAGGUGCACGUGCUUACUUCUUGGAUCCUCAGAAAACUUGUAAAAGAUAUGAUUUUCUUAAUAUUGGUACUUCUCCUUAUGCAUCAAACAGUCUUGCUUACACUAUUCAAAAUGUAACUUAUCCACCUGCUGCAACUGUUCCUGGUGAAGUAACUCAAGGAAUACUUUCGAUAUAUCCUCCAGGUCCAUUACAAGCUAGAGAAAAUGUAAAAACAAAAUCCAUAUAUUUUGGUGGUCCCUUAAAUGAUACUGCUAUCAAUGUUAUUAUUGGACUUUUAAAACAAAUGCCGUCAGGAUCAUUUGCUGAAUUAAUUUCUUAUGGCGGAUUACUUUCAACACAACCUUCAAAUCUUACUGCAUUUAUUCAUAGAAAUGAUGUGGCCUAUCACCUUCUUAUACAAGCUCCUUCUACUUAUGAUUCUAAAACGAAUGCAUGGAUCAGUCAAUGGGAUACUGAUGUUAGACCAUUUUCUAAUGGUCAAAGUUAUCAG